UUAAAUCGAGAUUUCUCUAAACUUAGGGUUAGGGUUAGGGUUAGGGUUCUUGAUCCAAAUGCGCCCGAAUUGCUGCCACGUAUCCCUGGCCUUCGUGCUUAAGUUCCUCAACUUCCUCCAAGCCUUCGUCGGCGUCUCGAUCCUAAUCUACUCGGCGUGGAUGCUUGAUCCGUGGAAUCAACACAUUCCGGUCUUCCCUCCGCCCUCGGCUCCCUCCCCGGACUCCUUGAGCUCCGGCGCCGGCGCGGUCUCCGAUCAGGUCAAUUUCGGAGUCCAGCUGGUGUCUGGGUUGGAUGAAGGCUUGGGGUUUCAACUGAACGCCUUGAACCUCCCUGCUCCUUGGUUCAUCUACUGUUUUAUGGGAGUGGGGGCUUUGCUCCUUUGCAUUACUUUCAUAGGCUGUAUGAUCAACGGCUGCUGCCUGUGUUUCUACAGUCUGCUCAUAACAAUACUAACUUUAGCGGAAGCAGCUCUGGUAGCUUUCAUAGCAAUUGAUCGCCAUUGGGACAAGGAUAUUCCAGUUGACACAACUGGGGAAAUUGAGAGUCUGCGAUCUUUCAUUGAAAAGAACAUUGACAUAUGUAAGUGGGUUGGGAUAGCUGUUGUUGUAGUACAGACUUUAUCUCUGCUAAUUGCAAUCAUUCUACGAGGCAUGAUAUCUACUCGUAACACUGACUAUGAUGUUGAAGAUGAGUAUGGUGCUCGGAGUAGAACCUGGGAGCCCCUGCUAAAUCAACAGUCAAUCCAAGCAUCUGCAUCAAGCAAGGGUGACGGUAGAGGCACUCACUCUGACAUUUGGAGCUCACGAAUAAGAGAUAAGUAUGGAUUGAGCACUGGUGAUAAAUACAAUUCCGUAAAUCAGAAUGCAUCAAUGAGUAUGAAAUCCAGGCAGUGAAGACAGAGAAAGGUUUUUCAUUGAUAUUUGACUGUAUAUCAUCAUUCUCUCAUCUCCAAAUGCUUUCUGCAUGCUAUCAUUUCUAAAUUUGGUAUCUAAUACAUAUGGACAUGACACUGGUGUAUGUGUAUAUACAAAGUUCUCAAAAGUGUGUUAGUCUAUUGCCUGCUUUGCCUGGUAUCAAUUUGUAUAUGUGUUCAGUACGAUAUUAUGAUAAUAGUAGAAAGGUUUUGAUAUAUUGUUUGUGAC